CUCUAGCCUAGCCCAGGUACUGUCGUGCUGGAGAAAUACCGUACUGCACCAAGGCCAGCCAGGCCAGCCAGGCCAGCCAGGCCAGCUUGUCUAGCGCUCGGGGGCAAUCGACGCAAUGGGAACCUGAGCCCUGUCCGACCACAAGAGGAUCGGCUGAGCCAACCGCCAGAGCACGCCUUUCCCCUUCUCGCCGCCGCCGCCGCCGCCUGAAUUGUGAGUUUGUGCCUGCCUGACUUGCUGGACGUGACUGGUCUGAAUGACGGCCUGCCUGCCUGUCUGUAUGUCAAUCCUGUCAAUCAAUCGUACGUACAAGCAAUCAACCGAUCAAUCUCGCGGUUUUUUCUUUCUUUUCUUCCUCCUUCCCUCCCUCCUGCAACUCCCCCCUCCGUACCCUACCUCCCCUCCCACCACCGGUGAGCCACAAGAGCGGUGUUUUCUCUCUGCAGCCAAGCAACAAGCAGGCAGCAUCGUCUUCCUCUUUCUUCCAGACCUCUCCGUAAUUUCUAGUGCCUUUUUCCUUUGCGCUCGGGCUGUCCUGCACCGGUCAAUCGUUUCUUCAAGUCCCUUGUACUGUGCCGUUAUUACUGUGCCUCCAGUCUUUCGUUUCCUCUCCGACGAAACCCUCUCCGUCUCCGCGCCACUCUUUGCACCCGACGAUAUUCUGCUGCAUCGCCGUGUCACUCGCACACCCACUGGCCCUGCUUUUUUCUCUCUCCAGCCCGUCCUUCUCAGCGUCCACUUUGUCUCGCAGAUUUCCUUGCUCGUUCACUUCCAUUCGAGUCUUCUAAUCCGGCAUCGUCAUUGGACGCAGCCUGGCCACCACCGAACCGAACCGCUUGUUUACUUUGUGCGCGCGUGUGCAUUGCGUUAAUCUCUAGCCUGCGAUCCGCGCUGCCCUGGUGCCCAGACACACUCCCAGUAACCGGCUGGGGCCGAAGACUGGGGCCGACGAUACUGCAAUUUUCUCCGGCCUUGUUCUCCAGCAGCCACUAUCACCUCCGAGCCCUUGUGCGGCUCUUGUGGAGGUGCUUAUCCUGGACGCCCUCGCCUUCUAGAAUGAUGUCACGUCGGUCGUCCGACGUCUCGAAAAGCAGCGGCCAGCGGCAUCAGGUUCUCAGGGCACAAAGGCUAACUUCACAUCCCCUAACAUGCAGUCCACCGGCUAGUCGCGUCACAGUUAAGGUCGGGGUCAAAGAAGAAGAGAGAGAAAAAAGACCUUUCUCGGGCUUCUCCCGUCGCUCGACUGUGUUUGGAGUGUGAACUACCUCAGAGGCUCCGACUGCCCCAAUCUGCGCCACUGCCGCCUCGUAUUCCGGGCAAAUCCUGCCCAACUUCCUACACCACCCGAGACACCGGCGCCUAUAACAUCACCCUCUGCAACGUCGACAAUCAGCCACGCCCCGACAAGUUCAUCCGCUGACGGCGAAUUGAGCAUUCAUGGGCUGUAGUUGAUUGUGUCAACUACUGCCAGCCCUCGAGUUCAUAUGCCUAGAUUCGCGUUUGGCAAGCGGAAGUCAACCGCAGAGAGCGAAAAUGACAUAGCAGCACCUUCAUUUCGCGUUCUAGACCGUUCCGAAGUGGCUGAAGGCAACGGCAAGUCAUUUGACGGCGGCGUGAGAUUGUCAGCAAAAACCCAUACUCUCCCCAAAACAACAGUGUCGGACAUCUCGGUGGAAGACAACAUCUUCGCGGAUUUCAAGCCCAAGAACCGUGGCAGCGGGUCGUCCAACACUACCAAGACCAACUCGACCGACAACUCUUCUCGACACAGCGCUGCAUCCACCGCUCCGUCUUCUGCAGACUUGAAUGGUCAAGACGACUGGAGGUUGCCCAACAAAAGAUCUCUGACAGACGCCCCUCAGCAGUCUCCCUUGACCAAACCGGGUCCGUCGGGUUUCCUCAAGUCUGCCGGACGAUCGUGGUCUUUUGGUGCUUCUAAGAAACAAUUGCCCGCCGUACCCGCUGGUGACGAAGACGUGCCGAUCACUCCUGCAGUGCCCGAACAGUAUAAGAGUGGUAGGGCUAGGGCGACGACCGGCUCGACCGACGCCACGGUCACUCCCCCAAAGGUAGACCAGGAUAUCGGCUUCGACCUCGGUGGUAGUUUCAGCAAAAUGCUACUCGGGUUUGACAAGAGAUCUAGCGUCAUGACACUAAAAGACGAGAACGGGCGACAGGUUCUACAGCCUCCGGCUCCCACCGGCGGGCGUCUAAAUGCACCUUCGCCUAUCCAUAUCGACCACACCUCCAAAGUCGAGCCACCCCCGCAUUCCUGGGCCAGCCACCACUCCAACGAGAAUCUCCUCACGGGAAGCCCCCGUAUCCCAUCACCAGCAAAAGAAAACACACCUCCCCCAGUCCCAGCACACGGGGAGCCUCAGUCAAGACCUAGGGGUCCUGGUCAUUCCAGCUCUGAGAACCUCCUCAAGAGGACUAGCGCGAUCUUUAGCGGGAGGAGAAAGUCGAUCAGCAAUGCUCUGGAAACAAGCGAGGGAGACGAUUUGAACACCUCCCUUCUUGCUGUCAAUCGGUUUAUGUCGGAUGCCAACAGCAGAAGCCAGACUCCGGUCGAGGUUGUCGGCGGGCGUUACAGAAGGAACGAGGACACGUCUGGGCCUGGUUACCGAGUUGUGUCUCCCCCGGCGGUGCCUUCCAAGUUGGACACGGUAGACGACGACGAUAACAUGUUCGACAAUGUUCCCCUGAAUUCUGAAAGAUUCAGUACCCCGCGGCAGCCAGCGCAGAAGCCGGCCCCGAAGCAGGCCGAGACGCCAGCUAAGAACAAGACAAUGACGGCCUCCGAAUUCGAGCAAUACCGAAAGGACAAGGAGGUCGAGGAGAGGCGGGCAGAGGUGGACAAGGCCAAAGAAGAGACCCAUGACGACGAGGACGAGGACGAGAUCAACUAUGAUGACGACGAGGAUGAGGCAGAGAAGUCCAAGCAACUCGCAAAGCAACGAAGAAAGCAGGAGGCACACAUGACCGUCUACCGCCAACAAAUGAUGAAGGUCACCGGCGAGUCUCCUGAUGCGGGUCCUUCGCGGCCAAGCAUGCCAAUGUCUUUGAGCACGCCGAACCUCGUGGUCCCGGAAGCAUCAAGGAACUCCUCGUCAGAAGUCUCGGAGGAUGACGAGGAAGUGCCCCUGGCUAUUCUAGCCGCCCACGGGUUUCCCAACAAGAACCGACCUCCCACGCGGCUUACGACCAUGAUGUCAAACCCGAACCUGCGACAGGCUGCUCAACCAAGCUUCCAACGACCUGGCUCUGCUGCAGGACACAAUGCGACGGCCAGCGGGUCCCUGCCUCCUUUUGCCAGGGGUCUUCCACAGGACCCCUACGGGUUGGUCAACGCCCCGCCCAGGGAGAGUUUUGCAUUGGGCGGGGGCGCCCCAGCAGGCCAUAACUCGCCUGUGCCACCCGGUGGUCUCGUCGGUGUCAUUGCAAACGAGGAGCGGUCGCGAGCUAUGAGGCGUGGAACCCCUCAGGUCGCUCAGAUGGAUAAUUACCAGGCCAUGCCGCAAGCAGGCCCGGGCGGAUUUGAUCCCGUGCAGGGCAUCCCCCAACAGAUGAUGUAUCCUCAGCAACCAGUCAUGCCGAUGCUGUCGCCCAACGAGCAGGCGCAAUUACAGCUGAAUCAGCAGAUGUCCCAGUUUAUGCAGAUGCAGAUGCAGUUCAUGCAGAUGAUGGCCGGCAACAACAACAACAACAACAACUACGGCAAUGGACCACCUCGGUCCGCCGGCCACAUGGGCAGCAAUUCAAUGGGCACAGUCCAGGGGAUGGGCGGCCCUGGCAUGGGCAUGGGCAUGGGCAUGGGGAUGCCCAUGGGCAUGGACAUGAACACAGGGGCACGCGGCUCAUAUUUGGAGACACCGAUGAUGGACCAGUCUAUGGGUGAAUUGCACGGCCGGACCAUGAGCAUGGUCCAGCCGAGCUCCUCCUCCUGGCUCCAGGCCCCUCAGCCCGGUUAUGCAGGAUCGAUUCGUCAGCAGGGCAACGGUUACACACCAUCUAUUGCGCCAUCCGAGCGUAGCAACGUUGGCCUCCCUGGCCGAUACCGCCCUGUUUCGCAGAUGCCGGCUCCAGGCCCCGCAAUCACGCCUGACCACACCCGACAGUCGUCCAUGAUGGGCUCAACUCUCAGCCCUUAUAGUGAUGCGCAGACGCUGCGACCCAUCGGGGCGACGUCGCCGAAGAAGUCGGAUGCCGGGAAGUCAUCAGCAGGCGAAGAUGCGGACGACGAUGAUGAGGAGGGUUGGGCGGCUAUGAAGGCCAAGAGAGACAAGAAGAAGUCUUCUUGGAAAACGAGGAAGACCCUGGCGCCCGGUGGCCUUGACAUUGGCUCUCUUAUCACGUGAAUGGAGCAUUUGGGUGUUGAAAAAAGACAAGUCGUUUGGUGGUGAAAUUGGGGGAGGGGAGCAUGAUUUGGGUAAUCUCAACCGGCGAAGCAUUCUGGCAGCAUAACUUUUCACGGCAUCCAAAACACCUCCUACAGCAUUUGACAGUCAUUUACUCAUCGUUCAUCUCACCAUUUGGGGCGAAGUGACCCGGAAGGAGGAGGGCAAAUUGUGUGUGUGUGCCUAUGUACGUGUAUAUUUCGGCACAUGGGGGCUUGCAAACUUGAUACAUAGGCGUUGCAGUUUGGGUAGCUAAGAUGUACUUAGGCAGGGCGGGUCGCAACUCGGGAACGAGAUUAUGAUAGACAUCCCUUCCGUAGGGAUUAAUUCUAAUGUUGGGCAUCGACUAG